AUGAGUACGUAUUCAAAGGGAACGUCCAGCUUUGGCAAGCGCCACAACAAGACGCACGUCCUGUGCAGACGCUGCGGAUCUCGCUCUCUCCACGUCCAGAAGCACGAAUGCUCCAACUGCGGCUACCCCCGUGCCUCGAUCAGAAAAUACAACUGGAGCGAGAAGGCGAAGCGGAGAAAGACCACUGGCAGCGGCCGCAUGAGGACCCUCAAGACCAUCUCACGCAAGGCCAAGAACGGCUUCCGAACGGGCGCGCCCAAGGGUGCCAGAGGCCCCACCGCCGAGCGAUAG